AUGACCUGGGGAUAUCGUUGUAACUUGUCUGUGGAAGUAAGUAAAGAUGAAACAUUGCGUGAGUUGUACCCAUGGACCGAACCAAGACGAUCUUGGGAGAGGGAUUUGACGUGCUUAAAGUCGCCUAACGCUUGUGACUACUCACGCGCCCCGAUCCGAGGGUCAUGGCUAGGUCUGCCGAUAGUGGAGGCGCGGAGCCCGGUGCACGGCGCCCGGCUGUUCGUGGCGACUGCCUCUAGAUCAGCGGGAGCGGGAGCGUUCGCUCACUGUCAGAGGCGAGGCUCCGUGAGGUGGGCGGCUGCGAGCUCGUCAGCUGUAUCCACCGGGUGUCCACUGUCCGAUGUUAGCGAUCCACCAUUGCUGGAUACUACUAUAGAUAACAGCAAGGCGGUUAUCUAUUAUGUACCUCCACAUAGUCAAACAAACAGAGCGGUACCGUUAUUAUACUUAAAUAAUAAGACUUAG